AUGGGUGCUGCGGAGUAUUACAUGCAGAGCGCCGACACAAUGCAGAGAGGAACUCGCAUGCAGAACUUGUGUGCCGGGCAUCCCACGGAGAACACAGAAGUACCGCAAAACACCUCGAGGAUGCAGAGGUCAGGGCUACAGACUAUACUGAGCACAAAGGACAUACAGAGCGCGGGGCGUGACGGCCUAGGGGUGCAGAGCGCAACAGAUGUGCAAAGAACUUUGCAGAACCAGCGGACGGCAGAUAUUCAGCGCGCCGGGGAGCUGCAGGAUGGAGGAGACGUCCAGAACCUGCCCUCUGAGCACAAGUACUGCCACCUGGAUUCAGGAGAUGACACCCUACCCCACAGCUUUUACCCCCAACGGGUCCGAGUCUUACCUCAUAGCGCCUGCUUUUACAACCAGGACUACUCGCCAGAGGUAGAAUCCGUUGAGAGUUAUUCAGAAGAGGAGGCGCAGCUGUCGUACCCGGCGCUUGCGCAGCCAGAGGUGCCCAGCAUCAACCCCAAUGCCAGCCCCGUGAGCCGGAGCUCCGGGAAAGUGCAGGUCAGCCUCACAAAUUACCCUCUGUGGGGCAAAUUUCACAAGCACCAGACAGAGAUGAUCAUCACCAAGCAGGGCAGGCGUAUGUUUCCAUUCCUCAGUUUCCGACUGUCAGGACUGGAUCCCGUGGCUCAGUACACAUUACAUGUAGACGUGGUCCUGGCAGAUCAAAACCACUGGAGAUACCAAGGAGGAAAAUGGAUCCAGUGUGGGAAGGCCGAGGGCAACAUGCCAGGUAACCGAAGAUACCAGCACCCCGAUUCCCCCAACACUGGGGCUCACUGGAUGCGUCAGGAGGUGACAUUCAGCAAACUGAAGCUGACCAACAACAAGGGGGCAUCGAAUAACGUGACACAGAUGGUGGUGCUCCAGUCUCUGCACAAAUACCAGCCGCAGCUUCACGUGACCGAGGUGCGGGAUUCUGAGAGCGCUGAUGCCCAGAGUCAUCUCUUCACCUUUCCUGAAACUCAGUUCAUCGCAGUGACAGCGUAUCAGAAUGCAGACAUCACCCAGCUGAAAAUCGAUCACAAUCCCUUCGCCAAAGGAUUCCGGGAUCACUGCGACAUGCUCACUCUCCCCUCAGGCACGGAGCGUCUCUCCCCAUCAUCCCCCAUUCGCUUUACACCUUUUUUACCAGAUUCACUGAGCCACGCUCGUCUAUAUCCCGUGGAGCAGAAGGAACCUCCGCCGUGGUACUUAUCACAGCAAAACAUGGCACAGCACCUGGACUACACACCAUAUGACAAUACGGGCAAGAUGGCAGCAACGUACGCAAUAAAAUGUUACCCUCAGCCUGCGCAUCUAGGGUAUUACCCUGAUCACACACUCGCCUCACCAUGGACGGGUCACACACAGUACCAUCCUAACCCAAAUCCUACACACUUUACUUGGAUUCAUCCACUGCUGGAGACCAGGGGGAAGGAGGAAGACCCCCGGGACCAGCCCACAAACUUUGCAGGAUGUGAGGAAAGCAAACGGAGACGACUGUCUCCUUACAGCUUGGACGGAUCCACGUGUGACAGGAGCACAGAUACGGCCUACUGCGGUUUCUUCAGCCAGUAAAAAAGAUUAACAAAAACUGACACCAUCGACAAUUACCACGGUGGAACGCUGGCUUGCUGACUGUUAUCACCCCAUGCCAAGGACAUGCCGGCUUCAGUGACACUUUGCUGGUCAUUUGGCAGGCAGGCACAGUGCAGAUAUUGUUGUGUACAGUUUCCAAGAAAAUUCAGUAAUAAAGAAUGUUUUAUAC